CGCAGCAUGCAAUUCUUCAGCCAUCCGGAGGUCGGGACACAGUAAGGAGCUGCUGUGUCGCUCAUUCUGUCCCCUUACCUACCUGUACCCUGUCAUUUUUCUUUAGUAUUUUCCAUUUUCACAGUUACCUUAGUCAUGUACCGUUAUUUCGGAGAGCUGCUCUCCCGGGGAGCUGGUAGUGCUCUGGCCUCGGGAUGCGUGGACUCUGCUCUCCCUGCCUCUGCAUCUCUGAUGCGGGUUCGCCACUAUGCGGACGCCGCUGACAAGCCGGACGACCCUAACUUCUUCCGGAUGGUGGAGGGCUUCUUCGACCGUGGCGCAGCCAUCGUUGAGGACAAGCUUGUGGAGGAUCUGAAGACCAGGGAGACAGCCGACCAGAAACGCCACCGUGUGCGUGGCAUCCUGCGCAUUAUCAAGCCCUGCAACCACGUCCUCAGCGUGUCUUUCCCCAUCAAGAGAGACAAUGGAGAGUGGGAGGUGAUUGAGGGAUACCGUGCCCAGCAUAGCCAGCACCGGACGCCCUGCAAGGGGGGUAUCCGCUACAGCAUGGACGUGUCGGUGGACGAAGUGAAAGCCCUGGCCUCUCUGAUGACCUAUAAGUGUGCCGUGGUGGAUGUGCCGUUUGGAGGGGCCAAAGCUGGAGUGAAGAUCAACACCAAGAAUUACUCUGAUAAUGAGUUGGAGAAGAUCACCAGGAGGUUCACCAUCGAGCUGGCCAAGAAGGGCUUCAUCGGCCCAGGCAUUGACGUACCUGCUCCAGACAUGAGCACAGGAGAGAGAGAGAUGUCCUGGAUCGCCGACACAUACGCAAACACCAUCGCACACACUGAUAUCAACGCCCACGCGUGUGUGACAGGCAAGCCCAUCAGCCAGGGGGGCAUCCACGGCCGCAUCUCAGCCACGGGGCGCGGAGUGUUCCACGGCAUCGAGAACUUCAUCAACGAGGCUUCCUACAUGAGCAUGCUGGGCCUGACCCCGGGCUUCCAGGACAAGACCUUCAUCAUCCAGGGCUUUGGAAAUGUGGGUCUCCACUCCAUGAGGUACCUGCAUAGGUACGGGGCCAAGUGUGUGGGCAUCGCAGAGGUGGACGGCAGCAUCUACAACCCCGCAGGCAUGGACCCCAAACAGCUGGAGGACUACAAGCUGCAACACGGCACCAUCGUGGGCUUCCCAGGAGCUCAGCCGUACGAGGGGAGCCUUCUGGAAGCCGACUGCCACAUCCUGAUCCCAGCAGCCAGCGAGAAGCAGCUCACACGCAACAACGCCCACAGGAUCAAGGCCAAGAUCAUCGCUGAAGGAGCCAACGGUCCCACCACACCCGACGCUGACAAGAUCUUCCUGGAGAACAACGUCAUGGUCAUCCCUGACAUGUACCUGAACGCUGGGGGCGUGACCGUGUCCUACUUUGAGUGGCUCAAGAACCUCAACCACGUCAGCUACGGACGACUGACCUUCAAAUACGAGAGGGACUCCAACUACCACCUGCUGAUGUCUGUCCAGGAGAGCUUGGAAAGGAAGUUUGGAAAGCAGGGAGGACCAAUCCCUGUGGUGCCCACUGCUGACUUCCAGGCUAGAGUUGCUGGGGCUUCUGAGAAGGACAUCGUGCACUCUGGGCUGGCCUACACCAUGGAGAGAUCUGCCAGGCAAAUCAUGCGCACAGCCUCCAAGUACAACCUGGGGCUGGACCUGCGGACAGCAGCGUACGUCAACGCUAUCGAGAAGGUCUUCAAGGUCUACAACGAGGCUGGGCUCACCUUCACAUAAUCGUCCAAUCACGGCUCUUAACUCCCCCGCCCUCCUCUCCUGUUCAUCCCUUCGCUGCACGUCGCCAAAUCAGCUAUUAGCUGUUUGAAAAAGCAAAUCCUUCUCACAUGCCACAUAUCUCUUCACACACUUUAGGCUGAGACAUGCUGUGGCUUAGAUGGUAUUCGUCCUCGUCCAAUCCUGAACGACACCUUAAGACCAUCCCAGUUUAGCUUCAUCAUGGAUGUAAAAAAAUAAAACUUGAUAUCAGGUAUCUGUGCUUAUAGAGAUGAACCCUUCUGUUCAUCCUUCAUUGUUGCCCCCCCCCCGGGUGAGCCAUGCUCUCAGCCCACAGCACUGACGAUGCCUUAGCUCAAAGAGCUCUGUACGAAAGGGACCCGCCCAUUUGAACUUGAAUUGACAGAAAUUGAUAUAACUUUCUAUUAAGAGAAUAGACAUUAAAUAGUUCCUCAGUUUGCGAUACACACACACAGUUGGGUUUGGGGAUGGUGUUGGAGAGACCAGGUAUCGGGGUUCACACUAGUUACACUGGGGAGCUGCUCUUGCCCUGGGUCGUUGGGUCCUAAAAAUCACCUUCUUCUACUGUGUUUUGGUUCAACUAGUUCUACUGUGUUUUGGUUUAACUGUGUUCUGGUUCAACUAGUUCUACUGUGUUUUGGUCCUGCCCUGUACCAACCUUGUACCCCUCAUCCCUCAUCCUGGCCUGGCUGGCGUUGGGACAGGAAGGACAUGUCCCUCCAAUAACCGUCCAAUAAGUCCUCACAUGGACAUUUGUUUGGGAAAUUUAUAUUGCCAUCAUUUUUUUUCUUACCAAUAAA